UGAAUCCUCAAAGACAGAGGGGGGAACGUACUGUUGCAACGCAAGCUCGAGCAGCCAAUUCCUGUCCAGUGGCCAUAUUGAAAUCUCAAGUCUAUCAGGACUCUAAAGGUACUGGGUUGGCUGUCUAACUGGAAGUCUUUAAAAUAUCGUAUUUUUAUAACAGAGGGAUUUGAGCCAGACAUUCCACCUGAGACUCUGCCUGUACUGAACGGCAAGUUGUCUCUGACUUUUGUGGGAAAAUGAGUCCAACCGAUGCUAAACGAGGAGCUAAACGCAGGAAGAACAAGCGGGGCGGUGGCAGCAGUAGCACUGUCUGCAGUACCAGUGGCAAGGCCGGGGUUUCAUCCACGGCCCUGAGUCCUCAAGCCACGGCAACACCCGUGUCUACCAUGGGCUUUCUGACACCAGGGAGCUCUGGAAAUGGGAACAUGGUCUCUAUAACAGGCCUGAACGGAGAGGUCCCUAUGAACGGUAACGUUACACCACAAUUUUCGGAGGGGCCGGUGAAUUCCGACUUCUCUGGAGUCCUUCAGACCCCGUUCACAUUUGGCCUGAGUCAGAGGGCCCCAUACUCCACUACCGGUGACCGCUGCCUCCUGUGCCGGAGUGAGCGCAAGCCAGACAGCACCCUCCAUCCUGACACGGGGCUCCCCGGGGCAGGGCAGAAUGGUAUGGCACAGUCCCCCAGCGCACUGCAUCUGCCCCUGUGGGUGUGCUCCGACUGCCGGCGCACGGUAGAGAAGGAGGACCGCCACUCCUCCCUGGAGCAGUCGCUGGUGAGCCAAGACUUCCUGUUGCAAAUGCCUGUGGGUAAUGGAGGCUUGGGCCAAGAGCUGCCUGCCACAGGCGGCAGACUGACCAAUGGUGGCACACCCCCAACCCUCCCCACUCUCCCCGUCCCAGACCUCACCACCCCUAUGACCGCUGACACCGUGUGCAGUUGUGAGGCCUGCAACGAGAGACGGGAGAUUUCGGCCGAGUCAGAGCGCGAGUCCCAGCUGCUGCAGAACCACUGGUCGGAGGUACGCUACCUAGUGCGGUGCAUCUACCGCCAGACAGGCACGCCGCUGGCCGACGACCACGACCAUCCCCUGGACCGUGACAAGGAGGGCAUGAAGGAGCUGGUGGACAGGCUGUGCGAGAAGGACCCGUAUCAGCUCUACCAGAGGCUGGAGCAGCAGGCCCGCGAGUACGUCCUAGAAAUGAAGGUGCGCCUGCUCAAGCACCUGUCGACCGGCUCUAAGGCUGCGGCAGCCGCCGCCCAGGGCCCCCCGCAGGCCCACCAGUUCAUCUCGCUGCUCCUGGAGGAGUACAGCGCCCUCUGCCAGGCUGCGCGCACCAUCAGCAGCUUCCUCCUCACCCUGGAGAACGAACACUUACAAAAGUUCCAGGUGACGUGGGAGCUGCACAACAAGCACCUUUUUGAGAACCUGGUGUUCUCUGAGCCCAUCCUGCACAGCAGUUUACCUGCACUGGUUGCACAGCUGAGGCACGGCACGUCCUCCCUCGACUCGUACAACGAGGACAUGUACAGGACCCUGCUGGAGAGCUACCAGCAGCUGGAGCAGGAGAUGGCCGCCGUGGCGGCCGAGUGGCAGGAGUGUGAGAAGAGGAUUGACGACUACGUCGACGAACAGCUGCUUUUUAAGGUGGAGGGCCAGAAUCUCACAAAUCAACGGACAGAACCACAUAAGUCUUUAAUUAGCAAAAAUACUUUGAAAACAAAACAACGGAUGCUGAAGGAAGACUGGGAGUUCUUUAAGCAGAGGAGGUUUAUAGAAGAACAGUUAACCAGCAGUAAGAAGUCUUUAGCUGGUGACAGUAACUUUACAGACACGAUGAGAAUGCUCUCCUCUCGUCUCAGCAUUCCAGACUGUCCAAAUUGCAAUUAUCGAAGACGAUGCACCUGCGACGACUGCAGCCUCUCCCACAUCCUGACGUGCGGCAUCAUGGACUCGCCCAUUGCCGAGGAUCUCCACAUCAAGCUUCCGCUUCAGGCCACGGAGCCCCCACAGCACCAGGACUACCUGGCCGAGGUGCACCCCCCCAGUCUCUCCUCCGGGGGCAGCUCAGCCUCCGCUUCGGCCUCCAGCUCGCCCAUCACCAUACAGCAGCACUCACGCCUCAUCCUGCCAGAAGGGGUUGCCACCACCUUUGAUGACGAUGAAGUGCCUCCACUGUUGGGCAAGUUUGCGGACAUCUACCCCAUGGGCAGCUAUGAGGACCCAGGGGUGGUGGCCGGCAUGAACGGCCUGCACAGCGAGCUCAAUGGUGGCGGAGAGAACAUGGCGCUCAAAGUUGAGUCUCCUGGAGGGAGCAGCAGUAGUUCGUCGGAGGGCGACGAGGAGGAGGCUGACGAGAGCUGCGGGGAGCCUCCGGGCCAGCGGAGGGAGCAUUCCCCAGGGAAGAGCAACAGCCCUCCGCCCUACUACCAACAGCAACAGGUGGAACAGCACGCCUGUGAGUGCCACGUGUGCAACCAGGUCCUGUCCUCCUCCCUCCCCCCCCUGGGCCCAGCUCCCCCUCUCUCCCCCCGCCGGAUCCACACGCCCCCCUCCGGCCACCACCAUCAGUUCUUCACUGAGGGCAACAACCAGACCCCCAACCACUCUGCCCUCCACCUCUACCCCCACAUCCACGGCCACCUGCCCCUGCAUAACCUCUCCCACCUGCCCCGGCCCCUGCUGCACCCAACACUCUACCAGCCCCCACUUUCACACAGCAAGCCUCUCCCCCCUUCCCCCACAUCGAGCCACACGGGGCCCAAGCAGCAGGCCUUCAGCCCCUCCCUACCGGACCACGUCUACCAGAACUGCUUUGGCGGAGGCGCUGGCGACUGGAACAGCUCGCUGCAGUGCCUCUCGCUCAAGUUCGAGAACAUCUGCGACGCUGCCAUGAUGAAGAAUUGGAACCCAUCAGUGCUGCUGCAGGAGCCCCUGCCAGGUGAGAACCGCCUCGGCCGAGUCCACCGCCCUUCACCCCCCUUGCCGUCGGAGCAGCAACAGCCCCUGCCCAGGGAGAGGAAGAACACCGCCAAGAAGAAGUGUCUCUACAAUUUCCAAGAUGCCUUCCUGGAGGCCAACAAAGUGGUGAUGGCCACCUCUGCCUCCACCGCCUCAGUCUCCUGCACGGCAACCACUGUCCAGUCAAGUAAUAAUCACAUCCAAGUUUCAUCUAAAAGACCCAACUCCUUAGGUGAUGUAUUUCACAAUAUAGGUAAAGAGGACCAUAGGCAACAACCUGGCCCUAUCGUCCCUAGGAACAGCCCCACGGGUCUGGCCUCCCUCCCUCCCCUCUCAUCUGGCCCAGCCCUGCCACCUGCGCCUGGUAGCACCGCCCAGCACCACUACCCCAGCAUGGGCUCGCAGCCCUUCCUAACGACGGCCACCCCAGCCCCAGGCUUCAUGGAGGCCUACCACCAGGGCAUGUGCCUGUCCCCAGCCGAGCCGCCUGCCGCCGCCCCAGCCGACGGGGCCAUUAGCGCCCCGCCCAGCGUGUGCAGUGACCCCGAGUGUGAGGGCCACCGUUGUGAGGGAAACGGGGCGUACGACCACCAGGGCUACGACGGGGAGGAGAGCCAGGACGAGGACAGCUGCUCGGAGCACAGCUCCUCCACCUCCACCUCCACCAACCAGAAGGAAGGGAAGUACUGUGACUGCUGCUACUGCGAGUUCUUUGGCCACGGCGGGCCCCCGGCGGCGCCCACCAGCCGCAACUACGCGGAAAUGCGUGAGAAGCUGCGCCUCCGUCUGACCAAGCGGAAGGAGGAGCAGCCCAAGAGGGAGGAGCAGCCAGCCGUGGUGGAGCGUGACAGCGCCGCCGACGGCAUGGAGGACCCCCGGCGGGUGGAGGACCCCCGGCGGGUGGAGGACCCCCGGCGGGUGGAGGACCCCCGGCGGGUGGAGGACCCCCGGCGGGUGGAGGACCCCCGGCGGGUGGAGGACCCCCGGCGGGUGGAGGACCAUCGGCUGGUGGAGGACCUGCUGCAGUUCAUCAACAGUGCCAGCGACAACAAGCCUGCCUCCAGCUCCAAGGCUGCCAAGCGGGCCCGCCACAAACAGAAGAAGAUGGAGGAGAAGGUGCGUCUGGAGGCGGAGGUCCGCGAGCAGCAGGAGCGGCGGCGUCAGGAGGAGGAGGAGGAGGCCCUCCAACGGGAACUCCUCCGGCUGCAAGAGUUGCAGCACCUCCGCGCCACCAAGAAGAAAAAGGAUAAGGCCAAGGAGCUCGCCACCCCGCUCCCUGCCCCCGUACCUCAGAACAACCCCCAGCCCCUCAAACAGACGGCCCAGAACGUCCUGGAGAACCUCCGCAACGGCAAGGGCCAGCUCCUGCACAGCCUCAUGCACCUCCCUGGCCACAAGGAUCCCCGAGUGGAGCACCGACCCCAGCCCCGGCCUCCCCCCUCACAGCACAGCCCAAAGAGCAGCAGGGAGAAAGCCCUUACUCCGGCCCUUUUCACCCAAAAUGCCCCCAACUCCCCAGCCCCCUUUCUUCUCAACGGCUCCUCCGCCGCACGCCAACCGACGGAGGCCAAUGGCAAAGCCAAGCCAAAACAGCAGCAGCCAAUCGGGCAAUCCGCCAGCGAGACAAUGAUGGUCAAGAAAAUGCCAGAGGCGACCACCACCAACAGUACACCACAACUACCACCAGACGUCAAAGUGACCCGACCCAGGCCUCCCGCAGAAGAUCCGGUCGCCCCUCUGGCACCGGGACCCAGGAAGGAGGAGAGGAGCAACGGGAAAAGGCAGCACCAUCAGCAGUCGGCGAGCCAGGCGAAAGAGGAGAGGAGCGGACCCUUGAAGGAGCCCUCCCUACCCCCUGCCUCACAGACGGAGCAGCCCCAGCAGAACGGCAAACUCCUCAGCGCAGAAUCCCCCCAGCCCAAGGCCAAGUCCAAGAAGAACAAGAAAAAGAAGGCUGACAAGAUGAGCAACUCAAUAGAUGAUGUUUUCCUGCCCAAAGACAUUGAUCUGGACAGUACUGACAUGGACGAGACUGAGAGGGAGGUGGAGUAUUUCAAAAGGUUCUGCUUGGAUUCCGCCAGGCAGACCCGACAACGGCUGUCCAUCAACUGGUCCAACUUUAGCUUGAAGAAAGCAACGUUCGCCGCCCACUGAUGGGACCUCCCGUAGGGCAAAGAAAAAGAAACUGUGGCAGGAAGCAAUCAGCACCCCCCCCAUGCAGACUGCUAUCACAGACCCCGUCAUCACCUAGCCCUGCUGUGCCCACCCACGCUGCCUUGUUCCUUGUUGCUGUGCGGUUCUACCAUGAACCCAUCAAGCAGAUCCUCUCAAACUCUUGAGAGAAUUGUUUUUUUUUUGUUUUUUUCAAUGAAAUUACACAAGAAAAAUGACAAAAUGCUACUUUCUACUUGUUUUUUUUUUUUAUUGCUUGUUUGUGUGCUUUUAGUCUGAGGGGCAUUUCUCUUGACUUAAAGCCAUGUUCUGAAAUUCAUUUUCUUUUUUGGGCUGAUUCAUAGUCAAAAGAUGCUUACUAUGUAUGCUUUCUGAAAUCAGACACACAUGGAAAAAAAAUUGGAGAAAAAGAGAUGUAUCUAAUGAAUUAAACUAAAGCCUCUCAUUCAGUUACUGUGGCUUACUAUCCCCUUGUUACCCACGAUUCCUCGCACGGCAUCUCAUUCAGUUAACUGACAAGGGAAUGGGCAUGGUCUGCCGCACUCUCCCCUGCCCCUACAACCUUCACUUCACAGAGAGGAACUUGGCUUAAUUAUUUGACAACGUUCUUUUUUUUGUUUUUUCAGUUCCAUUUAACAAAACCGAUAAGUAAAAGUGUACCUGUUUUUUUUCUUUUUUCCUAUUUUUGACUUGUAUCCAGCUUGUAUCACAGUACUUUCAGAAUGAAAUUGAAGAAAAGAACAAUGCACACUAUCAAUCUGUUAUAGUGUAUAUUGUAUUAACACUGAAGCCAAACUGGCUACCUUUUAACAUAUUGUUAAGUAAUAUUAAAAUCUUAUCUUUCUUUUUUGAAAGAUGGAAUACAGUAGUAUGGCAGGA